AUGGCGUCGCCGGAGCUGGCGCCGCUGGCCGUCGAGUUCGGCGACAUCCACGCGCAGAACAUCGGGCUGCUGCGGAAAUUAAACGAGUCGACGUUCCCCGUGCGCUACGCGGACAAGUUCUACGGCGAGAUCCCGACGCUCCAGACGGACUUCGCGCAGUUCGCCUACUUUGGGGGCUUCGCCAUCGGCGCCAUCUGCGGGCGCCUCGAGCCCGCCGACGGCGACGCGUCCGGCAAGCGGCUCUACAUCAUGACGAUCGGCGUGCUCCACGCGUACCGGCGCCGGGGCGUCGGGCGCAAGCUCCUCGACUACCUCAUGGACAACGCGGCGAAGCGCGACGACGUGCGCGUCGUCUACCUGCACGUGCAGACGAACAACGACGCGGCGCUCGACUUCUACGCGCGGCACGGCUUCGAGAAGGUCGGCAAGAUCGAGGGCUACUACAAGCGCAUCGAGCCCCCGGACUGCUACCUCCUGGGCAAGGUCGUCAACGCGCCGGCGGGCGCGACCGUGGGGGGGCUCCUCGAGGGCGCGCUCGACAUCGCGAACAAGCGACCCUAG